CCUUCCUUUUGUUCAUUCGGGGCUAGAACAAACUCUUGAUGCUUUGCUUGGCCUGCCUGUCUGCCUGCCUGCCUUGACUUGCUUCCCUGUCUCCAAUCCUCUCCUCGCCUUUCCUGACCUCCCCGACAACCCUCAUCUCUUUCUCCUCUCCACCACCACCACCAGCAAUAGCUCACCUCCAGCUCUACAUCCCCUCCACCAACCUCACCACCGCAACCAUGGCCCCUGGAGCCGGAAAGAGUGUCUUCCUGGGAAACAUCCCCUACAACCUCACGGAAGAACAAGUGAAAGACAUCCUCAGCUCGGCCGGCACAGUAACCAAGUUCCGCCUGAUGAUGAACCCAGAGACCGGCAAACCCAAAGGAUACGGAUUCGCCGACUUCGCCGACGCCGACGCCGCCGCCUCCGCCGUGCGCAAUCUAAACGACUACGAGAUCAUGGGCCGCAAAAUCCGGCUCCCUCCCCACCUGGACUGCCCCAACGCCAUCUCGCAGACACUCUCAUCUCUGCCCCCGAACCAGCUCCUCGAGGUCCUGGCACAAAUGAAAUCCCUCGUCAUGGCCGACCCGGCCCGCGCCACCGAACUCCUCCGCCAAGCCCCGCAGCUCGCCUACGCCAUCUUUCAGGCUCUGCUUCUCAUGAACCUCGUCGACUACGGCACCCUCGGCUCAGUCGUCGAGCAGGCCGCCCAACCGGCUGCGGCAGCAGCAGCUCCUUCUGCUGUCCCUCCGGCCGCCGCACAGGCCUUCCAGUCUUUCCCCGGUCAGGUCUCCACGCCGCCUAUGGUGAAUACUCCUUUCGCUGCGCAGCAGCAGCCGCCGCCGCCGCCGUCCAUGCAAGGACAGGAAGAGCUCCUCCAACAGGUCCUCACCAUGCCACAAUCCACCAUCGACAGCUUCCCUCCCGCAGAGCGGAAUCAGCUCAUGCUUCUCCGGCAGCAGUUGAUGCAGAGUGGCAUGCGGUGAUCACCAGUACACCAAACAUAAUCACAACUAUAACCAUGCCAUAACUGUAACCUCCUUAUCAUCACGCGAGAUAUGGGUAGUGGGUAUCUAUCUAUCUAUCUAUCUAUCUAUCUAUCCACCCAUCCACCAAGUCCAAGAUAUCAUCAUCGCAGCGCAUUUUUCCAAUUUCGUCAUUGAUCAAAUCAAAUCAAUCAAACCACACGGGUCGGCGCAACGGUUGGGAACAGGGUUUCAACUUCUUUCCUUUCUCUCUAUUUCUAUCUCUAUCUUAUCCUUUGCCUCGUCUUUUCUUUCCAUGUACGGCACGGUCGGUAUGUAUGUAUGUAUAGUUAGCACACGGAUGAUAGCAGUAGCGGAUAUUCCCAGCAAAUGGUCUUCUUUCGGCUGCGUGUUGUUGUUGGUUGGGAUUGAUUGGACUUGGGUAGUCUAUUCUUUAGUCUAGUCUAGUCUCUAUUUUACAGUCUACAGUCUACAGUCUACAGUCUAC